GACAGAUAGGGCUUGCGCGGUUGUGGUUUGUUUAUGCAAACCGAUAGAACGUUUAGCCUAGUGGAUUUAUUGCUAGUAGUUAGUCUAUAACAUGUCCAUGACAAGCAUGGACGCAGAUAUGGCAUUUUUGUCGGGAGAACAUCUUUCUACAGAUGCUGUUUGGCUAUAUUUGUCAUGACAUGGCUGCACAUCUGGAACACUUUCUCUCAGUUUAACUCCAGAUGUUUCAGGAAUGAUAGCCUUUAUCAAAAUACAAUCCAUGUAGAAACAUUGGACUUUGGAUCGCCACUGUGAUUCCCCAGAUAACCAACGCUAGAUGUGAUGUGUUACAAACUUUUGGUAAAAAAAAAAAACUUAACUAUUGGAGGUGCUAUCUGGUUUGGAAACUCAACUGGAGAUGGUCAGUGCCCGGAGAACUAAAUGGCAACAUUUUACGCACGGUGUGUCUGCAGUUGGCAACUGAAGUUACGCAUUGGAUUAGGCUACCUAACCUGGACAACCCCAAUUUAAGUAUCAAGUCAGUAGGCGGCGCCCGAUCAUACCUUGCUUUUCGCUUAAUUUUUAACUGAAAGCAAACACAGGAAGGACGAGUUUUCGUCGACACUGAUCCAAGUGAUCUUUGCUGUCACGAAUCACGCGAAUUGCCAAAUGUAAACUGCAUUUAGGCUACAGGGAUGUCGUCCGUCAAAUUAAAUUUAUCUCUCAAAGUUUAACCGGUUGAAGGAAAUAAACAAUCCCAUUGCAAUAGCCGACAUCAAGACGGAUUAUACAACUUUUAUCUGGUUUUAGUCUUGUGACAUUCUACUGGUUUACGGAGUCAAGGAAUAGGCUAAACUGAAAGUCUCACUACGUAGGCACCAAAUGCUGCAAUUUAUUUUUUACGAAUUGUUUCUGUAAUAUAGCAAAUAAUGAAGCUUAGUCGUCAGUUCACAGUUUUUGGAAGUGCCAUAUUUUGUGUAGUAGUCUUUUCGUUGUACCUGAUGCUGGAUCACCUUCAAUUAGAUCGCUCUAAAAACCCAAGCAACGGAGGAGAUAAGUUUCCAAAUGGCCAGUUCUCCGUCUUGCAGGACAAGAUAGACCGUCUGGAGAGGCUCCUGGCGGAGAACAACGAGAUCAUCGGCAACAUCAGAGACUCGGUCAUCAACCUGAAGGAGCAGGUGAAGGACGGCAGGGAGGGCAACGUCAGCCAGGGCACCUACCCGGACCUGCUGCCCUCGCCUCCCCUGGUCCUGCCUGUCGACCCCGACGACUGCCGCUUUGCCUCCAGGGAGGUGUCCAAACCUGCUGAGGGAGUCCAGCUGCUGGACGUGUAUGACCUCCUGACCUUUGACAACCCUGACGGGGGGGUUUGGAAGCAAGGUUUCGACAUCACCUACCAGAACAACGAAUGGGACUCCCAGCCUCUGCAGGUCUUCGUGGUUCCACACUCGCACAACGACCCUGGCUGGCUGAAGACCUUUGACGACUACUACCGCGACCAAACGCAGCACAUCCUCAACAACAUGGUGGUGAAGCUCCACGAGGACCACAGGAGGAAGAUGAUCUGGUCCGAGAUCUCUUACUUCUCCAAGUGGUGGGAGAGCAUCGACGACCAGAAGAGAGAUGCUGUCAAGAGUCUGGUGGAGAGGGGCCAGCUGGAGAUGGCCACAGGAGGAUGGGUGAUGCCCGACGAAGCCAACUCACACUACUUUGCUUUGAUCGACCAGCUGCUGGAGGGGCACCAAUGGCUGGAGAGGAAUCUGGGGGUCAAGCCUGUGACGGGCUGGGCGGUGGACCCGUUUGGCCACUCGCCCACUCAGGCUUACCUCCUGAAACAGGCAGGGCUUAGCAACAUGCUCAUCCAGAGAGUUCACUACUCUGUGAAGAAACACCUCGCUUCCAGCAAGAGCCUGGAGUUCUACUGGAGACAAAACUGGGACCAGGAAGCCAGCACGGAUAUCCUGUGUCACAUGAUGCCAUUCUACAGCUACGACGUGCCCCACACAUGUGGGCCGGAUCCCAAGAUCUGCUGCCAGUUUGACUUUAAACGACUUCCGGGUGGGCGGAUCAGCUGCCCCUGGAGGGUGCCACCGCAGCCAAUCACGGAGGGAAACAUCCAGGAGAGGGUCCAGACGUUGCUGGAACAGUACAGGAAGAAGUCCAAGCUCUUCCGGACUAAGGUGGUUCUGGUGCCUCUGGGGGACGACUUCCGCUACACAGAGGCUCUAGAAUGGGACCAGCAGUUCCAGAACUACCAGAAGCUAUUUGACUACAUGAACUCCCAUCCAGAACUACACGUCAAGGCCCAGUUUGGCACGGUCACAGAUUACUUUGCGGCCCUGAGGCUGCAGGCCACGCCUCGGCCGGGCGCCGAAGGCGACGCCGCCCCCGGAGCCUCCCUGCCCGUGCUGAGCGGAGACUUCUUCACCUACGCAGAUCGAGACGACCACUACUGGAGCGGCUACUUCACCUCCAGACCUUUCUACAAGCGCCUGGACCGAACCCUGGAAUCUCACCUCAGGGCAGCUGAGAUCCUGUUCUCCCUCGCCAUGGCCAACAUAAAGCAUUCUGGGAAACCAACUGAUUUCCCAGCUGUAGAGAACUACAAGCUUCUAACUGAAGCCAGGAGGAACCUUGGUCUGUUCCAGCACCACGAUGCUAUCACAGGGACCGGCAAGGACUGGGUCGUUGUUGACUAUGGAACCAGGCUGUUCCACUCCAUCCUGAAUGUGAAACAAGUGAUGGUGAACUCUGCCCAUUGGCUGGUGCUGUCGGACAAGAACACGUACAGUCAUGACCCCUCCCACUCCUUCUUACAAAUGGAUGACGUCCAGCCAGCUCAAGAUGCUCUGCCAAGGAAGACCGUUCUGAAGAUCAGUGCAAAGCUUCGGACACUGGUCAUUUAUAACCCCACCGAACAGGACCGCUCCUCGGUGGUCACUGUGUACGUCAACACACCCCACAUCCGCGUGCUCACUGCCCACGGCCUGCCCGUUCCCUCCCAGGUCAGCGCUGUCUGGGAGGACGCAACAACCGCCUCCAAAGACUCCUUCCAGUUGUCGUUCGUGGCCCAGGUGCCAGCGCUCGGCCUGGCUCUGUACCAGCUGGGGGAGGGGCUGAGCGGGGUGGCCGAGAAGUCGGACUACCUCUUCCUCCAGGAGGGCUCCCAGCUGACCGUCAGCGUGGACCACUUCAACGUGGCGCUCCCCCAGGGCGUCCCCACCCCCCUGAGCAUCCAGAACCCCCACCUGCAGCUCUGGUUCUCCACUGCCACCGGCCUCAUGGAGAGGCUGAGACGGAAGGAGGGCGGCUCGGAGCACCAGAUCAAGGUCCAGUUCGCCUGGUACGGCACCACUAACAACCGGGACAAGAGCGGCGCCUACCUGUUUAUGCCUGACGGGGAAGCCAAGCCGUUCAGUCCCAAAAAGCCUCCAGUGAUCAGGGUGACCCAGGGCCCCAUCUUCUCAGAAGUCACCUCCACCUUCCAUCAGCUGACUCACACCAUCCGCCUCUACAACCUCCAAGGUGUUGAGGGCCAGGCUAUAGAGAUCUGCAACACUGUGGACAUAAGGGGGGAAUUCAACCGUGAAAUUGCAAUGAGGAUAACAUCUGACUUGGACAGCGAGGAUCGAUUCUUCACAGAUCUCAAUGGCUACCAGAUCCAACCCAGGAGAACCAUGGCCAAGCUGCCCCUGCAGGCCAACUUCUACCCCAUGACCAGCAUGGCUUACAUCCAGGACCACAGCUCCAGACUCACCCUGAUCACCGCUCAGUCCCUAGGAGCCGCCAGCCUUAAACCCGGUCAGCUGGAAGUCAUCAUGGACCGCCGCCUCAACCAGGAUGACAACCGAGGGCUGGGCCAGGGCGUCCUGGAUAACAAGCUGACCGCCAGCGCCUUCCGCCUGCUGGUGGAGGGGAGGAGUCAGGGAGACCCAGAGGGGAGGAGUCAGGGAGACACGGAAAAGAAGGCCUCGACAGUCAGCUACCCUUCCCUGCAGAGCCACAUGUCCUCCCUGUACCUGAACCACCCCCUGCUCCCCAUGGCAGUGAACCCUGAGGAUGGGGCCCUGGGCCUGGCCCCCUUCAGCCCGCUGGCCUCCUCCAUGCCCUGCGACAUCCACCUGGUCAACCUCCGCACCAUCCAGGCCAAGAAUCUCCUUUCUCUCCCGCAGGAGGAGGGAGGAGGGCCGUCGGGCGAGGCUGCUUUGAUUCUACACAGGAAAGGCUUUGACUGCAGCCUCUCCAACAGGAACACAGGCCUACUGUGUGCCACCACCCGUGGAAAGAUGGACACGGACACGUUCUUUUCGGAGCUAAGAUUCCAGAGCAUCUACCCGGUCUCUCUGUCUCUGAUGCACCAAUCUGAGGGAGUGCCCGGCCAAGGAGAGAUCAGCCUUAAACCCAUGGAGAUCAGCACAUACCGUGUGCAGCUUAGAUGAGCUCCACCCAUGGAAGCCCCGACUGGCCCACACCGUGAGACGUUUCCAACAUAGCCUCAUCUGUUCUUGAUCCCCUGUCAGCAGGGCCUAUGCAGCCUGGGACCAAAACAGAGGGAGCGAGCAUGGAAGCGAGAGGGGUGGAGGAGAGAUGAACAGAGGGAGAGGUUAUAGAGAGAGGGAGGAGGAUGGAUGGAUGAAUGGAGGUCAAAUGUAGGGAGAUGGACGGGGACUAGAACUAGAAUGCAAGUUUCAUAGUCAAGUGCAAUAUGAAUCCAGUACAGUGUCCCCAUCCUGAAGGGUCAGGGUAUGGGUGGCUGGAUAAAUGAAUGUAUUAAUGAAUGAAUGAAUGAGUGAACACAUUUAAACAGUGCUUUGAGUUUGUCACUUCAACCUACUGUACUGGAAGACAUAGCAACCAGUCACAUUACCUUAUCACAAAACAGAAAACCGGUUGACUUUACAAUGUGAUUUUAAAUGCAGAGAAAGAGGUAUGGCUUCAAUUGUAAGCGAUGCAAAAAGGCCUUCAUUGGUAUCUCAGAAGGGAAGGAUACAGACCCAGUCUUGUCCUGCUUCGAAUAUUUUUAAGAAAUCGUCCAACAAUGUGAGAUUGCAUAACGCAAUGCUGUUUUUUAAUUGUUCCAAAGACAAGACUUUACUAGUGCCUUAUUAUUAUCAGUGGAGAAUCACGUGAUGAGGCCUACAAACAGGAUGUUUUUAUUCUGAGAUCGUCCCGUACAAUUUGACAUGGAUGCAAAAGGACUGCAGCCAUGUGCUGACAUGAACUGAUCUGGGUCUGUUGUUAUGACCCCUCUCAUUGUCUGUUAUGGUGAAAAGAUCUUUGUUCACUUCAGGAAAAUAAUUUGUUUUAUGACUUGGACUCCACCACAUUUAGCCAGCAUAAUUUCAGCAAACCCUAGCAUGUCUGAUUCAUCGUCAGUCAGUUUUCAUUAUGUGGCGCCUAAUGAUGACAUCACCACUGGUAUAACAAUGCUGGUAGCCUCUAAACCCUCUUUAGUAACAGUGAUUCAGGUGGAUGUAUUGGUGCAGUACUGUAGUCCUGUACACCCCAUAGCCCACACUAAUAAUGAAGCUAUGCAGUCAUCUUUGAUGGACAACAGUUAUGCAUUAUUCCACCCACCUGACUGGGGUGCUCUGGGUGUUUCUGCUAAGGAACUCCAAGCAGUCAAUGUGCUAAGUCUUUGCUUCUUAUUCUUGUCGGCCAAACAGCCAUUCCAAAGCCAAAGGUCACACACCCACUGGGACUUGUUGCAAUCUGCAUACUUGUCUUCAUGGAGGCUUGGAUGUUUAACACGUUGAAACUGAGACCAUGAGAAAGCCAUUUUUACAAUCUAGGAGUCAAUAAACAUGAUGUCCUUUAGAAUUUCUUUUGUUUGACCACUUGGUGAAGUUCCAAGGAAAAUCUUUGGUUUCGAUGUUUACAGUGUGAUCAAGAAAGGCCAAGGGAGCAGGGAGGUAGACCCAACAGGUGAUCAGAUAACACAGAGUCCUUGUUCUCAAUUGAGUAGGGCCGUGAAGACCGCUGAUUGACACUAAGAACAGGUUUGAUUAGGAUCAAAAGCCUUUAGGUAGUCUCUAAAAGUACUCUUAAGGUUUCUUCUCAAAAGUUUUUCUUUGUAAGGAAUCUUACCUGCUGGACAAUAGCCUUGACAUUGCCAUUCAGCGUCAUCGGCCUGAAGCGACACUGAAGACGUGUCAGGCACAAGAAAGAUUCAUGCCAUGGAGCACUUGUUGACAUUCAAUGGUAAUUAAAUGUUUUGUGUCAAGUGAAAGUAUGUACAUUAAUGUGGGGGAAAUGUUUGAAUGGGAUAUAUGAAUGUCAGGCAGAAAGUUUAAGCUAAUUGUUUAUCUAUAAAUUAUCCGGUCAAUUUGUUAUCUUUUUGUCAAAAUGUUUAUCUGGGGUGAUUUUAAUGAAUGAUAUAGCUAUGCUUCUCUUGCAAAAUUAUUGUGAUUAUUUUGGGGGAAAUUCUGUUUCAGGGGAAAUAAUAUAAAAAAAGGUUGCUUAACA